CAGCAGCAGCAGCUAUUACUGGAGCAAUGACGGUAUAAGCCUACUCAAGAGGAGGAGGAGGAGGAAGAAGAAGAGGAGAGCAGGAGGUGGAGAGUACUUUGCACCCCCUCCCCCACCAAAAUAAUAAUAACAAUCAUCUCUCUACCAGCAAGCCUUGCACAUUUUGUUGUUAGGUUUCCUUGGCCAAGCGGUGGACCUUCCAUUUGGUGGGGCUCCUCUCAUCAUGAGCGGAUCCUUCGAUAAGAAGAUCACCAGCAUCCUGACGGACAUCUCCAGCUCGCUCAGCUGCCAUGCGGCCACCAAGGACUCGCCGACUCUCCCGGAGUCGUCCAUCACGGACCUGGGCUACUAUAGCACCCCGCAUAACCAGCACGAGUAUUACCCGAGCCAACCUUACACGCAGCCGAUGAAUCACUAUGCCUACCACCACCCCCAGUUUAACCUCAAUGGGAUCGGGGGCGCUGGGACGUUCUCCCCCAAAUCUGAUUACCCCUACAGCACCUCGUACAGGCAAUAUGGAUCAUUCCGGGAUCAGCAGCUGCCCAGCCAAGAAACAGUUUCGGUGAAAGAAGAACCCGAACCAGAAGUGCGGAUGGUCAAUGGAAAACCCAAAAAGAUCCGAAAGCCGCGCACGAUUUAUUCCAGCUACCAGCUGGCAGCCUUGCAAAGGAGAUUCCAGAAGGCGCAAUACCUGGCUCUGCCAGAGAGGGCAGAGUUGGCCGCACAGCUUGGACUGACCCAGACUCAGGUGAAAAUCUGGUUCCAGAACCGAAGGUCCAAGUUCAAGAAGUUGUACAAGAAUGGAGAAGUCCCCUUGGAACACAGCCCCAAUAACAGUGACUCCAUGGCGUGCAAUUCUCCACCCUCUCCCACCCUCUGGGACAGUAACACCCACAACAACCCAGCGGCCAGGAGCCAGCUACCCCAGCCACUCGCCUACAACUCUCCACCCAGCUACCUGGAGGACCACAAUACUUGGUACCAUCAUCAGAACCUGAGCGGGCCUCACAUACAACAGCAAGGACCUCCGCCCACUUCUGGCUCGAUGCAUCACCCAUCUCCGGGGCCUCCUCCCAAUCCCGGAGCGGUGUAUUAACCUCCUUUGCCUCCUUGAUGAAACCAGUGGAGCAGGAAAAAUGGAAUGAGGGGGAGAGAGAGAGAGAGAGAGAGAGAAGGAGACAGAGAGGGAGAAACAGACAGACAGCAACAAGUCAAAACUCUUUGAUGUGUUUCAUAGGAUUUGUACACAUUCCACCCCAUCUCAGGAACAACUGAACUGCGACAGGGUUAAGACAUUUUUGACAGAUCAUCUAAAGACAGGAGAAAAGGGAAGGAAAAA